CCGAGGAGAAAAUUGAAAUAUCCUACUCACCAAAAGCGAACACUACUAUCGUAUCCCAUUUUUCAUAUGGCGCGUAUUCAGUAUUCAAUUUUUUUGUGUAAUUCUGCGAACUGGACGAUUUCAUAGGAAGAAAAAAAUAGUGGCGACAAUGAGUCGUAGAUCAAAUAUUUGUGAAUUGUGAAGAUUAGAAGCUGUUGGAUUUCAGUUUCGCAAAGGAGUUAAGCGAGUUAAGUUGGGAAAAUGGAAUCUAAUUCUGAAAGUGUUAGAAAACGCAAGCUCUUUGUGGGUAAGCUGAAUAGGGCAAUUACGGAUUAUGAGUUACAUAAAUUCUUUAAAAUUUAUGGUCCGAUCGAGAAUUGCACAGUACUGGUUGAUGAGAACGGUAGAAGUAAAUGUUGUGCUUUCGUGACGUUCACUACUUCUGAGACAGCUGUGAAUGCAUUAAAUAGGAUAUUUACUGAAGGGAGAACCAUGAAAGGUUGUCCUACGCCUAUGAUCAUUAAAUUUGCAGAUACUUUGUUGGAGAAACAGCAAAAGAAACUGCAUAAGUAUAAGGCGAAUCUCUUCAGUUUGAUAAUGAACAGAAUCGGCGAUGUUAAUAACACAUCGACACGAAAGCCUUUAUUGCCCGACUCAUCAAUAUUUACAAGCCAACAUGCAGACGUCAAAGCAAAAUUACCACCACCAAAAUGUCCAACUCUAGGAAAUCAAUUUUCACAAGAAUAUAAUUAUGUAACUGUAACAACAGAUGUUAAUGCUGCAACUAAUGAUGUCACAACAACUAAUAGUGCUAAUACAGCUUUUAAAGAGCUUGGAGUUAGUGGUGCUAUUGCAACUAGUGGUGCUAUUGCAACUAGUGGUGCCAUUGUAACUAAUGGUGGCAUUGUAACUAAUGGUGGCAUUGUAACUAAUGGUGGCAUUCCCACUAAUGGUACUAUUGGAGUUAAUACUAAUUUUGGAUCUAUUGGUGAUAUUGCAGCUAAUAAAGGUUUUGGAUGUAAUGAUGCUAUUGCAUCGAAUAAACGUUUUAAAACUAAUAAUGCUAUUGGAACUAAUAGUACAUUUGCAACUAAUGGUUCUAUCGCAACUAAUGAUGCCAUUAAAACUAACGGUUUCAUUCCAACUUACAGUCCUAUUGCAGAUAAUAGAUGUUUUGGAGCAAAUGAAUAUAUUGCAAGUAAUGGUGCCAUUCCAACCAAUGGUUUCAUUACAACCUAUGGUGCUAUUGGUGUAGGUAAUAGAUGUUUUGGAGCUUAUGAUUCUAUUGCAACUAAUGGUGGCAUUGCAACAAAUAAUGUUAUUACAACUAAUGGUACUAUGGGAGUUAAUACAAAUUUUGGAUCUAAUGGCGCUAUUGCAGCUAAAAAAGGUUUUCGAUGUAAUGAUGCUAUUGCAACUAAUAAACGUUUUAGAGCUAAUAAUGAUAUUAGAAAUAAUGGUGCUAAUGCAACUAAUGGUGGCCUUUUAACUAAUGGAGCUAGUGGUAUCAUUGCAACUAAUAAGGGUUUUGGGUCUUUUGAUGCUAUUGGAGCAAAUGCAAAUUUUGAAUCUAAUGGUGCUAUUGCAGCUAAUGUAGCUUUUAGAGCUGAUGUUGCUACCGCAGCUUAUAAAGCUUUUGAAUCUAAUCUUUCUAUUGCAGCUAAUAAUCCGUUUGGAAUUAAAAAUGUUGCUGAAACUAAUACACCUCAUAGAAUUAAUGGUGUUAAUACUGCUAAUAAUGCUUUUGGACCUUUUUCUGCUACAGCAGCUAAUAAAGCUUUUGGAACUAAUGAUACUACUGCAACUUAUAAUGCUAUGUUAGAUGAUGGUGCUGCUUUUCACUCGUUGACAAAUGUACAAAAGUUAGCCAAGAUUUCACCAUUAUCUAAUAUAGUUUUAACUCAAUUAGCAUCAAAUCCUUAUGUUUCACAAAUCAUAAAUGCUCAUCCUGAGUGCUCCAUAAAUGCUUCACAAUGUAACAAUUCCAAUUAUUUGAAUUCUAAUAUACAAUCAAACGUCGACAUACUGUUUGAAGCUAAAUUCAAGCAAACACCUCUAAAUAAUAUAUCAUUACGUACUGCACAAAUAGCGGCUGCGGUAGCGGGUAAAGAUGUUGGGGGUCCAGAGGGCUGUAAUCUAUUCGUAUAUUACUUACCAGAAGUAAUUAACGAUAUGGAUUUAGCAUUAAUGUUCAUACCGUUUGGCAAUAUUAUUUCAGCUAAAAUUUUUAUUGAUAAAUCAACCAAUAUGUCUAAAUGUUUUGGUUUUGUGUCCUACGAUAAUCCAAUUUCAGCGCAAUUGGCUAUAAUAGUUAUGGACUGCUUUCAGAUAGGUGGCAAACGUCUUAAGGUGACGCUGAAGAAAUCAAAAACAAUUUAAAUAAUUCUUUAAUGAAAAGUUUGAUGCUGAUGCUGAUGGUACUAAUUACCAGAUUAACUAAUAGAUAGUUCCACUACUAGUGAAUCUGCAAGAAGCAACAUCUGUAAAAUAUAUAUUCAUCGACGGGAAAAUGACUACAAUAACAAGUUUAAUUUCUUAUAUGGAAAUUAACUUCAAAUU